GUUCAUAUUCAGGAAAGGAUGAUGCUGUUGUUGUUGAGGAUGGAGGUGGAACUAGGGAGGCUCAUUCGCCUGGGAAAGAUGAACUCUUUGGGAAAUUCUUUGGUGCACUUGAAAAGAUUCAUUACUUUAGAAGGAUGUCUGAAGGUACUGAUGACCAGGGACAGCUCGAGGACAACGCAUUUAUUUCAUAAUGCCGUAAAGGAAAUGGAAGAAACAGGAUGUCAAACAUUUUAUCAGAAUAUGCUGGCAGAGACCUUUAAAUCACAGG